UUUUUUUAGCGCUAAAACUCAAAAUCGCGGUUAUUUUAGUGAUUAGCCCCGUCUCUUCCGCUGCUGAAACCUCUGGAAACUACACCUCCCAGCAUGCUCUGAAGCUGGUCUGACCUCAUCUCAAAUGGCCCCGUAGGGCAACAAGGAUAGUUAGUUUUGACCGUAUUUAUUUGUGCCAUGAAAAAUCAACCCUAAUUGGCAGCUACUUGGACUUUUAUAUCUGCCGGACCCCUUUUUCUGAACUGUCACUAAAUGAAAGGGUUCUGACCUGGGAAGACCCAUCCAUUCCCUCAAUUGGAUGGGGAGCAGGGACAGUGUCCCCGACGAUCUCAUGAAUAGGAGGGAAUGUUGACCAGGGAGCACCGCUGCGGCCGCUCAGAGGAGCAGGAACUGGAGGCCGGGCUGAGUCCGAAAAAACCCGGAUCUGGACGGUGGCUCCAGAAAGGUUGGAAGUGGACGAUGGAGGAGCCGGAGGAACCGGCGGACAGUAGGCAGUCGCUGCCCCCGGUUUAUAUCUACAGUCCGGAGUAUGUCAGCAUGUGCGACUCCCUGGCCAAGGUCCCCAAACGGGCCAGUAUGGUACAUUCUUUGAUUGAAGCUUAUGCACUGCUUAAGCAAAUGAGGAUAGUGAAACCCAAAGUGGCCUCCAUGGAGGACAUGGCCACCUUCCACACUGAUGCUUAUCUGCAGCAUCUCCAGAAGGUCAGCCAAGAAGGCGAUGAUGAUCAUCCGGACUCCAUAGAAUACGGGCUAGGUUAUGACUGCCCAGCCACUGAAGGGAUAUUUGACUAUGCAGCAGCUGUAGGAGGGGCUACAAUCACAGCUGCCCAAUGCCUGAUCGAUGGAAUGUGCAAAGUAGCAAUUAACUGGUCUGGAGGAUGGCAUCACGCAAAGAAAGAUGAAGCAUCUGGUUUUUGUUAUCUCAAUGAUGCUGUCCUGGGAAUAUUACGAUUGCGACGGAAAUUUGACCGUAUUCUCUAUGUGGAUUUGGAUCUGCACCAUGGAGAUGGUGUAGAAGAUGCCUUCAGUUUCACCUCCAAAGUCAUGACUGUGUCCUUGCACAAAUUCUCCCCAGGAUUUUUCCCAGGAACGGGUGAUGUGUCUGAUGUUGGCCUAGGGAAGGGACGGUACUACAGUGUAAAUGUGCCCAUUCAGGAUGGUAUACAGGAUGAGAAAUAUUACCACAUCUGUGAAAGUGUACUAAAGGAGGUAUACCAAGCCUUUAAUCCCAAAGCAGUGGUCUUACAGCUGGGAGCUGAUACAAUAGCUGGAGAUCCUAUGUGCUCCUUUAACAUGACUCCUGUGGGAAUUGGCAAGUGUCUUAAAUACAUCCUUCAGUGGCAAUUGGCAACACUCAUUUUGGGAGGAGGAGGCUAUAACCUUGCCAACACAGCUCGAUGCUGGACAUAUUUGACCGGGGUCAUCCUAGGGAAAACACUAUCCUCUGAGAUCCCAGAUCAUGAGGCUCCUGACGUCUUAUACCCAGACAUUUAUGACUAUGUCAUUCAUAAAUUUGUCCAAACCCUUUGUGAAUCCCUUCUGUCAUAUCCUUCUGGUUUAAGAGAUGUGAGUCAUCCAAGAAGGAACAAAGAAGAAAAUUGAAAUGACAGUCUUCCAGGUACAAUAAGAUAACAUUUUAAUGAAAAUUGCCAAAAAUAGACUACACAGUAUGAAGGCAUAUAUAAGUUUUGUGUCACAAUACACAGUUGCACACAAAUAUCCCUGUGGUACUCUGAAAUCAGAUCAACAAAUGGUAGAUCAAAAAUAUUUGCUGAGCACCCAUUGUGUGCCAGGCACUAUGCGAGGUAUCUUGGAAGAUGCAAAGUAAAACCUCAUCCUCUGCCUCAAGCAGCUGGGAGGAGAGGGAUGGUGCAAGUGCUAGGGAGAUAUGCAAAUGCACGGAGAGUUAUAACACAGAGAAGAAAAAGAGGUAGUAGGAAGAGGAAGAACCAUGAGGUAGUAGGAACAGUGAUUAUGGAGGUGUGCAUCAAAUAGAAAGGGGGAUACAAAGGAGUACACAAAAUACCCUGCCCUCCAGGAGCUGAAAAUAUAAUUAAGAAAUCUAAUAGAUGAAAAGGUAUAUUGCAGCAGCCAGCUGCAGCCUGGCUGACUUCUUCACUCUCUGCUCUCUGUCUUGGGCUUUUGUUCUUCCAUCUCCUAGGAUAAUAAUCCUCUUCCUUCUCCAAAUGCCCUUUCCCCGGUUCUCUACUGUUUUUCUAGGUCCAGCUUCAAGGCCUGUGCCUUUCAAAAACCCUUACCUAAAUAUACCAAGCCCCUCUGAGCUCUUCCUUCUGUUCACUGUUAAGUGAAUGAACAGAUAUUCAUUGGUCUCCUACUACUUGCUAGGCCCUAUCUCCGGAUUCAGAGAUACAAAGAUUAACAAGAUGAACCCAGUGCCCUCAAAAAUCUCACCAUCUAGCCAGGUGCAGUGGCACGCAUCUGUAGUCCUAGCUACUUGGGAGAGUGAGGUGGGAGGAUCACUUGACCCCAGGAGUUCAAGUUCAGCUUGGACAACAUAGUAAAACUCCAUCUUAAAAAAAAAUCUCACCAUCUAAUAAAAAUGACAGCACAAUGUAUUCAAAUCCAGGACAGAUGAGGAACAUAGGGGAAAUAUUUCAACAAGACUUUGAGAGAGAGUAGGAAGGCUUGAAUGGAAAUUGGGGCCAGAUUAUGAAGAGCCCUAAAUGCUAUACUAAAGAGCUUACACAUUGUUUCUAUAAAAACAGGUGAGCGUUGGUUUUUAUUUAUUUUCAUAUUUUUAUUUCAGCGUAUUAUGUGGGUACAAAUGUUUAGGUUACAUAUAUUGCCUC